AUGCUUGACGAAGCUACGGCCCCUACCCCACCGCUAAAUGCACAAUCUCAAACAGGUUAUCCGAGCCGUCCUUCUAAGCAGAACCCGCCUCGAAACGAGAUCAUAGGAGGUUAUGUGCUCGACAAUGCCACCUGUGUCGCCUGGGGCUCUCGCAUCGUUAACGAGCCCCUGGAUCCUGAAGUUCUGAAUGAUUCCGUUGCGGCUUGCUACGUCAUUAUGGAGAAGGUUGAAGGAAAGCCCUACUACGGAUACUUCACCAUGUUUGGCCCAGAAAGCUACAAGCAAUACAUCGUCGUGACACAAAGAUCGCGUUUUCGCGGGUGGGUGGGAAUGGAUCCUGCAUUGAUACCCAAGUUUGAAGAGGGAGAACGCGAGGCUAUUGCCAGGCAACUUCUUGAGGCAGAAGCUUUUGAAGGUGUCACUCAAUAUGAAUUUAGAACGGUGUUGUAUUAG